GGUUCUCGCCGCUCGCCGUCCUUCCCAGACCUGGUGGUAGGAAAGCUGCUUGUUACUGCUUUUCCUUUCCCUUCCCUUCCCCUUCCCCUUUCCCAACCCGGAUUUUCCCUCCUUCCAUUUACGCGCCUCAUUUUGAUCGACUGCUGCCCGGGAUCCGGGCCAUUUUCCGGGCCGGGCGCUCGAAAGCGCGCGGCCCCAGGGCCCGGUACAUGACCCGCCGUCCUGCCGCCCCUUGCCUCCUCCGCCCCAUGUGGCUGCGGGGCUACGGCGGCGCUGCCCACUAUGGCCCGGAAAGCAGUUAGCAGGAAGCGGAAAGCGCCUGCCUCGCCAGGAACCGGGAGCGACGCUCAGGGCCCACAGUUUGGCUGGGAUCACUCGCUGCCCAAAAGGAAAAGACUCCCCCCAGUGAAGAGAUCCCUAGUGUACUACCUGAAGAACCGUGAAGUCAGGCUACAGAAUGAAACCAACUUCUCUCGCGUGUUACAUGGUUAUGCAGCACAACAACUUCCCAGUCUCCUAAAGGAGAGAGAGUUUCACCUCGGGACCCUUAAUAAAGUGUUUGCUUCUCAGUGGUUGAAUCAUAGGCAAGUGGUGUGUGGCACGAAAUGCAACACGCUCUUUGUCGUGGAUGUCCAGACAGGCCAGAUCACCAAGAUUCCUAUUCUGAAAGACCGGGAACCUGGAGGUGUGACUCAGCAGGGCUGUGGUAUCCAUGCAAUUGAACUGAAUCCUUCUAGAACACUCCUAGCCACUGGAGGAGACAACCCAAACAGUCUUGCCAUCUAUCGCCUGCCUACGUUAGAUCCUGUGUGUGUGGGCGAUGAUGGACACAAGGAUUGGAUCUUUUCUAUUGCAUGGAUCAACGAUACUAUGGCAGUGUCUGGCUCACGGGAUGGGUCUAUGGGACUCUGGGAGGUGACAGAUGAUGUGUUGACCAAAAGUGACGCAAGACAUAACGUGUCACCAGUCCCUGUGUAUGCUCACAUCACUCACAAGGCCUUAAAGGAUAUCCCCAAGGAGGAUACAAACCCGGACAACUGCAAGGUGCGGGCUUUAGCCUUCAACAACAAGAACAAGGAGUUGGGAGCAGUAUCACUAGAUGGCUACUUUCAUCUCUGGAAGGCUGAAAAUACAUUGUCUAAGCUCCUUUCCACCAAAUUGCCAUAUUGUCGAGAGAAUGUGUGUCUGGCCUAUGGUAGUGAAUGGUCAGUGUAUGCAGUGGGCUCUCAAGCACAUGUUUCCUUCUUGGAUCCACGGCAGCCAUCGUAUAACGUCAAGUCUGUCUGCUCCAGGGAGCGAGGCAGUGGGAUUCGAUCAGUGAGCUUCUAUGAGCACAUCAUCACUGUGGGCACAGGGCAGGGCUCCCUGCUAUUCUAUGACAUCCGAGCUCAGAGGUUUUUGGAAGAGAGGCUCUCAGCUUGUUAUGGAUCCAAGCCCAGACUCGCAGGGGAGAAUCUGAAACUAACUACUGGCAAGGAUGAGCCUAGUUCAAUUCCUAGUACUCACAACAUCGGUCGGGUGUAUCACAAGCCCUGCAACUCUAACUCCAGGGAUCUGAUGCCUCUGGUGUCCAGGGGCACAGGUACAGCCUGA